GUUUAUUACAUAUAUUCUAGUGACUGGUGUCAGGUCGCGAGAUUUAACUUUAGUUUAGUAUAUGAUAUAAUAUUUGCGAGUGAGAAUGGGAUAACUUAAUCAACUUAUCUGUGAAGAGUCAUAUCAACUCCCAUCUAUGUUAAUAUAUAAUCACGUUAUUUUACGAAACAGAUCAACACAUUAACAAAACAAAGACGACUAAAUGAAAAUGGCUUCUACAGAUUUCUACAAUGUAGGCGGCAACGUUCAACAAGUCUAUGAUUUUUCUUCAGUCCAAGAUAGGCCUACGCGAGUCCCUUCAACUGAAUCGUACUACUCCAAUCUUACGUUUACUGAUUUUCUCAACAGUUUUAACGAACCAUCUUUAUACGAGGACUUGCAAUCAGUUAAACAAUUACAGCCAUGUUACGAAACGACCUUUCAACCGUCCUACCAAGCGUAUCAAAGUCCACUGCCAUUAAAACGUCCACCAAGUUACGAAGAACACAUGCAAAUGGAAGCCAACAAAGUUCUCCCAACGCCCAUGACAACGACUAGCCAAUCAGAUGAUCCGGUGUCUGGGUUAUUGAGUGACGUCAUGGAUUGCAUCUUGUCCGAAAAAUCCAAAGAGGAGGAGAAAAACGGUAAGAAAGCAGCCCUGGUACAACUCAGACGACUAGCGACAUUAUUAGUUUCAGGCGGAGGCCAACUCCAGUUAUGGCAAUUCUUGUUGGAACUUCUGACAGAGAAAGAGAAUGAAUGUUGUAUUAAAUGGGAAGGGACCCAUGGAGAGUUCAGAAUGACAGACCCGGAAGAGGUAGCUCGACGAUGGGGUCAAAGACGUAAUCGCAAGAACAUGACAUAUGAUAAAGUGAGCCGUGCUAUGCGUUAUUAUUACGAUCGUUUGAUUCUAACGAAAGUGGCGGGGAAAAGAUACACUUACAAGUUCAAUUUUAAAAUGUUGUUAAAAAUGCAGCGUAAUUUUACGACUCCCGUCACGAAACCAAAGAGCAGUGAACUGGAACGAAUUGUGAUCUCAUCAGAACGAUUUCCGAUUGUCGUUAAUAAACUUCCACGUAAGCCAACCCCUUCGCCUGACCUGUCGACGUCGCCGACGACAGUUUAUAAUAAACCAGUAGGCGAGGCGAGGGAAUCAAUCGCAAUCAAUCAGCAGCCGUGUGACAUAAACAUGGAUUAUUACAACUACAAUCAACAGUAUUAUACCAAUAAUCCCAGUUGUCCCCCUUUGACAUACGUCGAUCAGUACAACACGUCCUAUAAUUACUAUUCCGAAGACAAUAACUCAUAUGAUUGUAAUUUCAAUUUUGACUUUCUGUGACGAAUUCUAAUCUGAGUGAUCGAUAACUUAUACCGUGACACUAAGCAUUGACGAAACGGAUACUUUCUCUUGUCCAGCAAGGACAACGAAUCAUCAUCAUCAUCAUCAUCAUUUGUAUGAUAAAUUGGAAAUUAUUAUUAUGUAAAUAGAUAAAUGAAUAAAGUAAUAAAAGCGACCACUUUUAAUGUUCCAUAAUCAUCAUCAUCGUUUGAUAAAUAAAUAAGAGACCAAUUAUAUAGUGCCAAUUAAAUGUUUUAAUAUCGUUUUAUCUUUUGCUGAAAUUUAUUAUUUAUAAAUAAAUAAAUAUGUACAUAUAUUACGGUGUCCCAUUAUACAAUGCUUGU